AUGGCCCCAACGAAACCCCAAACCCCAGGCAAGGCUCCAAAGCCACUGGGCUCCCUUAAAUUCCGUGGCAAACAACCCAUAGCCUUCUCUCAUCCUCAUGCAAAUGCAAGGAUAGCGACUUUAACUCAACUGGAACGAGAACUUUCUCCUGUCGCUUCGACAUCAUCUCUAUCCGAUGAAUUGGAACCCGAUGUAACCCCUGCUUUGCUCUUGGAAUUGACAAGCCUCCAACGCCCAGCCAAUGUUGAUUCUGAACUACCUCUGGCGUUUCGAAUCAAUCUACAGCUCUCUGCGCUUGAAUCCAUCAAGCAGUAUGGCCCGCUCGAGAGAUUGGUGCUCCUCUCAGACGUCAUCUUGGCACUCCCUGAUAUCAAGAACUGUCUAUCAGAGUCUGGGGAACAAUCCACCAUUCAUGCUGGAGCGCAACGGUGCUUGAAAUUGUUGCAAUCGGAAGUCCCUGGUGCUCAGAUUGAACUCCAGCUGGUCCUCCAAACAUUCUCUCGUCUGCAAUUUUCAACUUCCGGCCCCAGCGACGAUGUCCUUUCCCGCAUAGAACAAUGCGAUUCUUUCUUGUCGUUGAUUGAACCCCUAGCCCGUCAGUCCCACCUACAGAAGAAAUGGAACUCAGUUUCCGUGUCAGUAUUGCAGCAUUAUUUCCAGAUGCUAGUUCGGAACCCGGAUCUUGCACAAUCGUCCACCACUCGAUAUCACCGACCGUCUGUGUGGCGUAACAGCCUGAAUUAUGACAAGACAAUUCAUCGUGACCCCCCAGCAGCAGAUGCGGCUAAACUUUCUAUUGGCAAUCUCGGUCCAGUAUCAGAAGACAUCUCAUCCGCCCAAGCCUUGGAUCUUCUACGUGAAACAUAUCGGCUCCUCUCGGAGUACAACCAAACAGAAGCCCGCCGAGUCGCAAUACAUUCCCCCAGUUUCUUGCUGGAUGUGAGCAGCAUCAUAGAUUGUCUCAAUGACAUAGAUGCUAUCAACAAUAGCUCAUUGCAAUCCGAUCAAGUGUCAGGAGGCUUAGCUGAAUGUAUAGAAGUUUGGCACAUGUUCACCGAUAAACAUAGAAUUACUGCCGAAGCAGCUUUUGCGGAUCGACUACUUCUGCUUCAAGAUGCCGUACGCACCAACCCCCUCGACGUGCACGAAUCUUCGUUCACAAUGCUGAUGGGACUGAUCCGUCGAAUGUCACAACCCCCUCUCCUGAGGUCUCGCCUCAAUUCACCACAAUUCAACGAAGCUGAAGCGUUGGUGUCAUCUCACAUGGCACUUCGUGCCCAAAGAUUUGGUCAAUAUCUGCUCGAAACCUGGCAAGUCUCAACAUAUCAAUCAGAGCUUCAUCUAUUAUGGCUUCUCAUCUGGAGGGCGUUGAAAGCAACCUACUACCAGAUAGGACUCUCCAAUUCUCUUCGUGACACACCCAAGAAGUCUCUCGAGGCCACUUUCUUCCAGCGUCCUGGCAUUCGAUCCUUCUUUGCUAGGUUGGACGGAAGUUCUGACGCUUCCAUACCGAGAUGUGUAGAAGACACUGUUGCCCAGUACUGUCGCUAUAUUGCAAAAUGUCGCGACGACCCUGACGACAGGUAUGACCACCUGAGACGUUAUGCAAACACCGGACUUCAAAGACAUGUUGUUGAUGCAUUGGAGGCUUUCAUCGAGGACGGCCAACUCAAACCCAACGACCUAGAAAGACUUGAGCGGGCCGCUGUACGCUUCAACUUCAUCAACGAUGGGCCGGUCACAAUCAGAAGAUGGACGUCCAUUGACAAAGCUGACGACUGGACAAUCGAAUCACUCGAUAUGUGGUCCCCAACUACCGCCCUGGCUCCAGGACCAAACUCACCCACACUUGCUCGACACCGUGAAGACGAUCAGGACGAAAUGAUAGAUCAAGUGUCACAAAUCGAGUAUGGCCAAUUCAUGCCUCUGCAGUCUGUUUUUCCUCAGCCUGUCGGAAUAAACAUCAAGAGUGCAUUCAACUACGUCUGGUGCCCCUUGCCAGAAACGAGAGCACAGGAGGUUGCUCAAAGCAGACUUAUUUCGCGGGAUCUAAGCCACCCAGGCAUUUCCUCUGAAGGGGCAAAAGUGGAAGAUCUGAUUGACAUUCCACCUUCUCAUGCUCGCGGUCCAGAGUAUCACCCUACCAUUGUCUGGCCAACAUUUGCCACGCCUACAGAAUUCGUAGGGUCAACUUUGCAUCGAAUCUCUAAGGCCCGUCGUCAGUUAAGUUCAAAAGCCAAGUCUGGACUAUCUUCGCUUUUUAGCCGUCAGAGGAAAAAGAACGUCCUAUCGCAAGCCAAAAUUCUUGAUGUGUCUGCUCGAGUGGAAAAGCCCGCCAUCAGCCUUCGAGGGGGAGGUCCUGCUCGGUCACGAGCAACAGCUCCAGUAGCUGGAGCACCCUUAAGUCUGAAAAAACGCCGUUUCCAGCAGAGUCAGAUCGACCAAUAUCGACAUCGUGCCAACAUCCAUCCGUCACGAUCAAUGGCAACGGAUGCUGAAAUCCUCAGAGAUUUAGACCGUGCCUAUUAUAAUAUGGACGGGCCAGGCUCGGAACCUCUGCCAAACCAAGAAGAGAUGCAACCCCAAGAGGAGAACCAGCACGGUGAUUACCAGAACGAAAUCAACGAGGGAGAAUUCCAGCCUGUGGAUCAACAAGGAUUAGGCAACACUACAAUACCGGAGGCUGGCCAUGUUGGUAAUGCCCCCCCUGAGGAUGUACAGCCAACUCAUGAUGCUGACGGCCAAUACCAGGGUCAAACCAUCUUGGGAGGCAUGGGACCACAGCAAAGCCUCUACCACAUUCCAGCAGAUAGACGGGUUCUUCCAGCAUAUGGCCAGCCUCAACCAGCCGAUGUACCAUCUCAGCCAGCAUAUGAACAGCACGUGCAGAACGGUCCAGGGGGCUGCUAUCGAUGCCCGGGGGCCCCUUAUGAGAUUCAUCAUAUCUGUCACUGCAAACUUAAACAGUGUCAUUGGUGCCCAACUUUUCCAAACUGUCUUCAUCAUGUUUGUGAUCCAAGCCACAAUAGAAAAGGACAACCGCGCCAUUUACGACGACCUGAACGGACUUUCCACAACUCUGAUCACGACGCCCUUUUGGGAGACUAUACCGAAGGCAGCUUAGUCGCGACCGUCAUGGUCGAGAUGAAAGAGUUUGGAGUCAUCAGCUGCCUAGUGGGUCAGGAAGGAUUUGCAACCCUGAACGUUGAAUCGCACCAAUGGCGACAGCGGGUUGCAGAAUUAAUUUUGCGCGCAACCACCUGGGCAAGUCAUCUACGAGGAUAUAUAGUCAGUCGCAGCGAGCCAAGAUUACCUAUGGACGCCAUCGCAGGCUUUUAUCCACCAGUCGGCCAGGAGCCUCCUCGGUGGGGCCUUGUGCGGCGACGGCGAGGACAGGAAGCGGAUAUAUCAGCUGAACUGUGCCAACGGGUAGCCUACGAUCUUGACACCUACUUCGUCAGAUUGUGGAACCUUCUUCGAGAAGGUCGCACGGCUGACCUUCCAAACGGGCCAGGCCCACGUUUCUGCACAGUGUUAACCCUGCGCCACGAGUUCGGCCGCUUCAUUCGAACUUUGAACGAGCUCCGGACAUUGUAUGCGGAAUGGCUGAUCGGACUUGGCGAUGAUGACAUUCUCAAGAAUAAAGGGGCAGAAAUCCCUCCACCAGACGAUGUGACAAUGGACAGCUUCGACGAGGAUGAAGAUUCAUCUGACGACGAAAUGAGAGAACCUCCACUUGAGUCUAUGGCAUUCUUUGCCGACGACCAACGGCAGGCACCAGUCCAGUUGAAAACUUAUUCGGAGUAUAUGAAAAUGAAAAAAGGCGACCUCAACAAAGAAUUGAAAGAUAUUCGGAGAGUACCCUGGCAAGAAAUUCGCGCUCGGCAAUACAACAAGCAGCAACUCGUAGGAAUUUUGAUGGAGCUGGACAGGCGUGGUGUUUAUGGAAUCGGUAAACAUCAGGUCUCAUCGAACGGAGCGAUUGCUGGAACCGAGCCUGAAGGCGCCAGAUCUAAAGGAAAAGAGGGACAAGAAGGAGGAAGAGGCCAAGCAGCAGCAGCAGAUGGGCCGAGACAGAGAGGCCAGGUCAAAGGCAAAGGAAAGCAGAAGAGAAAACCUGCAGUGCCGCCGGUAGUGGCGUCUCCUACGAAACGAUGGUCAGCGCGUCUUCGGAGGAGAAAGAAGGCAUGA